UUUUCAUCUAGCGCCAAAAAGCAUCCAGCUACAUUGGUUACCUUUCACUGGUCUCUAGGAGAUUUGAGAAGGCAGGACGCAGUCAGAGUCCAUUAGGUACGGUACCGCAUCGAAAUGUUGUCAGUGGAAGAGGAAGGAAUGUUGGCUUACAAAACACCAAAGCGACGCUAUUGUGCCAUUGUUUUGAUUGUGCUCGGCUUUCUUGUGUUCUUUGGGAUCGGUAUACUAGCUGGCUUCUUUAUUGGACGUGGAGCUGCAAAGGGUUGUGAGGAUGGCGAUAAGAAUGGCGGCUGCAAGCCGCCGCCGAAGGGCCAUACCCAGGAGCAGCUCGAAGAGUUCCACAGGAAAGCUGUCGGCAUGAUUUCUACUGAGGAACUGAGAAAAAACUUGAAGCAUUUUACCAAGGUGCCCCACUUUCCUGGGGACACAGAGAACUUUGAACUGGCGAAGGACAUGGCAAAGAAAUGGAAAGAAUAUGGCAUUGAUGUUAUUUGGAAGAAUUACACCAUUAUGUUGUCCCGGCCAAAAGAUAUGAAGGCAGGAGAGGCUGCGCUGUACAAUGGAUCUACUCUGAUGCAUAGAUCAGAACGUCAAGAAGCAUUCCUCGUUCCCUCAGAAAACAACAGCAAUGUGGUCCCCCCCUUCAACGCCUACGCACCAUCAGGAUCUGCAAGAGGGAAACUGGUGUAUGCUAAUUAUGGACGAGAUGAAGACUUCGAGGAACUCAAAAAACGAGGAAUUAACUGCACUGGAAAAAUCGUCAUCAUGCGAUAUGGAAAGGUUGGACGUUCUACUAAGCCCAAACGAGCUCACAAGGAAGGAGCUAUUGGAGUGAUAUUAUACAUGGAUCCUGAAGAUUAUGCAAAGCAAGGUGUUGAUAUGGUGUACCCAGAUUACAAUUGGCUACCUAAUUCUGCAGUUCAACGAGGAAACAUCAAAUCAACUCCAAUUAGAGGAGAUCCACAGACACCGGGCUACCCUUCAGUUAAGGGUAUGUACCGCCUGCCAAAGGAGGAGGCUAAGAAACUUCUCCCACAGAUUCCUGUUCAUCCUAUUUCUUAAAAGGACGCUGAGCCCCUGCUCAAAAUUCUUACACGCGAUGUGGUUCUAUCCAAUUCCUCCUUCCAAGGUGGUUUGGACUUUCCGUAUGGAAUACAGAUGGCGAAAAAUGAUCCAAGGGAGGUCGAGGUGAAUUGUACCAAUGAACUAUACGUGACAGAUGUUUACAACUUGAUGGGAGUAAUCAAAGGAUCCACCCACCCUGAUGAAUUGGUGUUACUGGGUAACCACCGAGAUGCUUGGGUAUUCGGUGCUGCAGAUGCAUCCAGUGGCACUGCUGCUUUGAUGGAGUUGUCCAGAGCUCUUGGGGCACAGCUCAAGGAAGGAUGGCAACCAAAACGUACUAUAGUGAUGCUAAGCUGGGGAGCCGAGGAACCGAAGUAUAUGGGAUCUGUUGAGUGGCUGGAGGAAUAUUCGAGGUUAUUGUCUGCCCGGGCUGUGGCCUAUCUCAAUGUGGACAUGGCAGUUGACGGAAACUAUUCUUUCCGAGCAAAGUCUGCACCUCUCAUGGACUGGAUUCUGGCCAGAGGAGCAAUGAAGGUACCAAGCCCCUUGGGAAAUGAGACAGCUUUUGAUGAAUGGAUCAGGAAAAUUCCAAAUAGGUUGGGCCUUAAUUAUUUGCCAAGACUUCAGCAACCAAGAGCAGGCAGCGAUUAUGUCAAUUUCAUCCAAAGGCUUGGAAUUCCUAUUGUGGAUAUUCGUUACACAUAUAACAGUAAAAUCAGCAGUAACCCUUUAUAUCACACAGUUCACGAUAAUUUUUGGUGGAUGUCAACUCUGAUUGACCCCGAGUUUAAAUACCAUCAAGUGACUACAAGGGUCUGGACUGAGAUUACUAUGGUGUUGGCCGACUCUGUGAUACUUCCGUUUAACGUAACUCAUUACGGCGUUAAUAUGAAAAUUUUCAAUACACAAAUAAAGCUGAAGUUUAAAGAAGAUUUUGAAAAUUACUCUGCAAGUGAAGAGCUUAAGUAUCUCGACGAAGCUGUGGAAAACUUUCAGAGUGCUUCCCGAGAAUUUGACGACUUUGUGAAAAGUGCAGACAAAGAAAACGUCGCAGUUGCGCGAAAAAUAAACACCCGAUUGCUUAAUGUUGAACGGGCAUUUAUAAAUCUUGAGGGAAUACUUCAGGCCAACCCAUUACAGAGACACGUCGUUUUGGUUCACAGCCCAACUAUUUACUACAGUUGGUAUGGUGGUGUGGUGGACGCCAUUUAUCGCGCUCGAAAAGGAUUGGUUACUAAGGAAGAAGUCAAGAAGCAGAUAUCAAUUGUUGCAUAUGGCAUAAACUCAGCUACACAAAUACUUAAGCUCUCGCCAAUUGAGUGAAUGCUUCAUAAAACUCCUUGUAAAGUUUCUGAAUGAGGAAACACUGUUGUAGAGCUAAGUACUUUUUUGGAGAUGUAAGAUAGAACGACAAAAUGUAUACUCUGAAGUCUACUUGUGAGAUACUAUUACACACUUUUCUGCUGUCAAGUAUACGUAGUGGCGAAAACCAUAAUUUUGAAAACAUGUUUUCCAAAUACAUAGAGAUAUCAAGAACCAAGCACGGCGUCCAUUUGUGUUUUACACAAAUUUUAACGUAUUGCGAGAAGGUUAUGUAGUGAGAGAAAGUAUUGUUUUUGUAGUUUUUCUUUCUCGGAGUUAGAAGGAAAUUCAGAAUUAAGGCUUUGUUUUGUUAGAACAUCUUGCAAGUUUUACGAUGUGGUGUUAGUAAGUAAAGCUGGGUGACGAGAAAAUUCUGAGUUUACGA